AUGGUUGACAAAUCUUUACUCAACAAAUACGUGGAAGUGGUGACAGUGGUGGCCAUGUAUUGGUUUAUAUCGAUAUCCAUGGUAUUCCUCAACAAACACCUGCUGUCCUCUCAAGACAUUGGACUCAAUGCGCCCCUAUUCGUGACAUUCUUCCAGUGCGUGAUCGCACUCCUCAUAACACUAGUCAUGUCUUUGCUAUCGCGAGUCAGUCCGCGGCUCUUCUCAGUGCCCGAGCUGUCUGUUCAGUGGUCUGUCGUACGGGCAGUGCUUCCACUGUCGGUGAUGUUUGUCUCGAUGAUCACAUUCAACAACUUGUGUCUGAAGUACGUUGGGGUGGCCUUCUAUUUCGUGGGCCGUUCCCUCACCACUGUAUUCAAUGUGUUGCUAACCUAUUGCAUACUCAAGCAAAGCACGUCCGUCCCGGCCAUCACCUGCUGUCUCACCAUAAUCUUCGGCUUCUUCCUGGGCGUCGAUCAGGAGAGCGUCGGCGGCUCGCUGUCGGUGGCGGGGGUGGCCUUCGGAGUGUUGGCCUCACUGUUCGUCUCAUUGAACAGCAUUUACACCAAAGACGUCUUGCCGGCCGUCGGUCACAGCAUUUGGUUAUUGACUUUCUAUAACAAUCUCAAUGCCAUCGCUCUCUUCAUACCACUCAUGAUCAUCACCGGUGAAGUGCCCGAAGUGUUGUCUUUCCCCAAGCUAUGGGACGUCCACUUCUGGAAUCUUAUGAUUCUCAGCGGUGUCUUCGGCUUUGCCAUCGGAUACGUGACCGGCCUUCAGAUCAAAGUCACCUCUCCUCUCACGCACAACAUCUCCGGUACGGCUAAGGCGUGCGCGCAGACAGUGUUGGCCACCGUCUGGUACGACGAACACAAGUCACUCAUGUGGUGGUUCUCUAACCUACUGGUGCUGUUGGGGUCGGCCGCCUAUACCCGUAUCAAGCAGUUGGAGAUGAAGAGGUCGCACGAGGAGUCGGUCACCACUGCAGUCAAUGGCGGCGCAGAUAAGGAGAAGCUGUUGAAGAGUUGUGUUUAG